AUGCGCGUGGACUUCACCUGCCUGGCGAACGACUACGGCACGGUGGGGCCCUUUAUGAUGGCAGCAGACGUGAGGCAAACUGAGGUGCCUGGUUCGCAGCACAUCUUCCACUUCUGGUACAGCGAGGACCUCGUGAAGAGCUCAGACCAGAAGCCACCGGUGGAGCUUCUACGUCCUUCAGGCGACGUCGUGCAGGUGCCUGGAGAAAGCCAAAAUGUCACGAUCGACGGGAACGUGCUGAGAGUUGUUUUCCCGGAGCACGUCAUGGGCAGCGGCGGGACCUUCACGCUCAUCAUGCCGCGCUUCAUUUUUCUGGAUGCGCAGAUUCGCACGGGGAACGUCUUGGAGGGUGGAGGGUCACCCUCGGACGUUGAGCAGCAGCUGACCUUCAGCGUGCAGCCCGAGCAGCCCGAGAGGCCUCGUUUCAACACCAGCUUCGGCUACCCGCCCGCUGAGGAGGAGGACUUGGCAACCUAUGAGUUCCCCAGCAAUGGCCGGCUGAAACUCUCCUUCAGCGAGGAGAUGAAGCCGGGGCCUGGCAACGUGACCUUCAUGCCGAGGUCCUUCGGCAGUCCUGCGGUCUCCGUGCCGGGCAGGGACGCCAUCGUGGCCGGCAGCUACGCCUUGGUGGAGGCGAUGCUCCUGCCCGGAGAGGUCUACACCAUGCGACUGGAUGCAGACGCCUUCUUGGACCUGGAUGGCUACAGCAUGGAGCAGCCAGAUGACUCGUACCUGAUCUCUACACUGCCCCAGCUACUGUUCCGGCGCCUGGGAUCACAGCAGUGGGAAGAUCCGAGCUCCACCGCCUCAGCAGCGCGGGUGUGGCCUUCAGUGGCAGUGGAUGUGAACCGCAUCUUCCUGGUGGGAGGCAGAAGCCCGGGCGCAGCCUCCCUUCCUCUCAACGAUGUCUGGGUGCUGAACACCUUCAAAGAGGUGAACUGCGCCUCAGCCUUCGAGGGAGAGACCCCCUGCUCCCUGGAGCGCUGUGAGGCGGACGGGUUUGGGGCGUUCACAUUGGGAGAACAGAGCUUCCGACGCCUCGUGUGGCGGCGCCGCAGUGUCCUGGGUGGAGAUUGCAUCGCCUCCGAUGGUCGUGAAAGGAGCCGAGCUGGGGGUCGUGGUUGGAAGCAAGACACUGCGCUGUCGAUGCCCGACCUGCACUUCGCAUCCGGGGCCACCGGAUGGGCCGCCGCUGCCCAGCGACAUGCUGAACGAGCGCGGGAGCCCGGGCGAAGAGACCCGCUGUGGUCGGCCCGCAAAAGCUCGCCGCUGACCCGCGAACCGCUGAUCGCCGCAAAUCCUUAG